CCACUAGAGCCCAACAUGGUCCCGAAUGUGGGCGAAGACCUGGUGCUAAUUGCUGCUGCUGAAUCGUUUCCUAAGCCCGAAGUGUCUUGGGUUAUCCAUAAUCCUGGGACUGCUCUUCGAUCUGAAAUUACUCACCUCUUCGAUGAUUCAAGUCCAUAUGUUACUAAGUCUUGUUUGACAAUUCAUCAAGUUUGCUUUGCUGAUUCGAAUGUUGUAAUUCAGGCAUUUGGCUCUUCUGAUUUCGAGAGCAUAAAUUGCUCAUGUGAACGCAAAAUUCCGGAUACUGAACCACUCCAUUCCCCUGUUGUUUCUUUCGUCGCGAAAGAUAUUGGAGAAAAGCAUGAAGAGAUCCCAGUGGUGGAGGAGGAGAAGCCGAAGGAGAGUGUGCAGGAGCAGCCAGUGUUGGAGACUCCGAAGGUACAGGUGGCGGAGUUGAAGUUCACCAAGCCACUGCAACCCGCUCUCACUGCCAACGAGGAGCACGUUGUUGAGCUUGAAUGCGAGAUCCAGGCUGACUUGAAACCAGUGACAGUGAAGUGGACCCACGAUGGCAAGGAGCUGCAACGCUCGGACCGAUUGGAGGAGGUGUUUGUGGAGGAGCAGGGUCUGGCGAAACUGGUGAUCAAGGACUUCACUCCAGAGGAUGCUGGCAAGUACACGUGUGAAGUGAGUGGCACAGUGAUUGAGCCAGAGACCGGGGACGCAUUGCCUCGUGCCCGAACCAUUUCGACGACAACAGUGGUGGAAGUGGCAGAGGCGAUACCUGAGGUGGAGGAGGAGAAGCCGAAGGAGAGUGUGCAGGAGCAGCCGGUGUUGGAAUCUUCAAAGUUGCAGGAGGCUAAUUUCUACUUCUCUAAGCCUCUUACUUGUUUUGCAACUCCUGUUGAACAAGAUUUUCUUGGACUUGAAUGUGAAAUUCAAUGUGAUACCGAGCCAAUCUCUGUUAAGUGGUCGCAUAACGGUCGUGAAUUGGUUGAUUCGGACAAAUAUGAAAUAGUUUUCGUUGAGUCUACUGGUACCGCUCGCCUGAUUGUUAAGGACAUUAAACCGGAAGAUGUUGGAGAAUAUAAAUGCGUUGUCGUCGGUAAUGUUAUCGAAGCGGACUCUGGCAAAAUGGAGAAAAGGACCAUUUUUACCAAAACAGAAAUUACUGGUAAUUUUCGCUUUACUUAUCAUAGUUUGGACUUUUUCCGUUUAUUUAUUGUAUUUCAACCUUAUAUAGAUGAGAUCCUGAUCGUAGAUGUUACUCAAGAUGUGGAAAUCGAAGUAGAGGAGGAAGAAAGCGAGAAGGAGGAGACUCCGUCCCCUACUUCUGACGCGUGCUCCCCAAUCUUUGAGACCGAACUUUCUCCAAUUAGAGUAACCGAAGGAGAGGAAAUUUACCUUUCUGCGGUAUUGAAAGGUAAGCCGCAACCUCAAGAAGUCGUCUGGAAGCAUAAUGGUGAUAUCCUUCAACCCGGCCAAACCGACGCUGUGCUCUUCUAUGAACCAGCGCAAGGAUUGUGCGAGUUGACAAUUUCGGAAGCAUUUGUUGAAGAUGCUGGUACCUACGAAGUGCAGGCUUCAAAUGUAUUUGGUGUGGCAUCCUCUCAAACUGAAGUUCUUGUUAAUGUUCUUGAAGAGUCGAAACAUCCUGAAGUGAUGAAAUCCCCAUUGAAAGAAGCGGCAAUUGUAGAAGAAGAAGUACAACCCGAAGAGAUUCCUGUUCCAUUAGAUGAAGCAACAACUGAAGUUUCUCCAGCUGUUACGGAAACAGAAAAACUAGAUACUUCCAAGCCAAAGGUCGCAGCCAAACCUACUCAAGAGGAACUGGUUGAAAAGGACAAGUCCUAUGAGUUCAAGAUAGGAGCGAAGGGUAAAGCAGGUGAGAAGAAGAAAAAGACUCCUGAAGAAUCUUCAGAGGAGGAAUCUGAAGGAGUUGUUGAAUCUUCUGGAGGUGAAGGAGUGGACAACCCAGUAUGGGAGGUGGGUGAGAAAAUGGUGGCCACUGAAGAUGUCACUGAAAUGGGAGAUGUGAAUGCGGAGGAGGACGUUGUUCACUGCACCCAAGACGACAACUCUCCACCCUUGGGUAGAAGAGGUUGCACCGACACUGCAUCUGUCGGAGAAGUGGGAGGACACGAUAGUACUGAAGUCUGGUGGCUCGAGCGUGGUGGAGGUGCCAUUCACAGCGAGUCCGAAGCCGAGCAUAAAGUGGUCGUGGAAGCCGACAGUGGAGGGUGCGAGCGAGACGUCGCCACGCUUCAAGCCGGAGACUGCGAUGGCCGGACUCACGUCGUUGCCAUUGAGUCGAGUGAAGCGCGAGGAUGCUGGAGACUACAAGGUGGAGAUAGAGAACGAGUUGGGCAGCGCGAGCGUGUGGUGGUGCACUGGGAGGAGCCGGAGUUUGCAGGUGUCGAGCCAGACGGCGCGCCUCUCGAGUACGUGGUGGAGAUGCGUGAGGCCACUCAGCGUGCCAACAAGCCCGUGACCAAGACCACAGAGCUCUCCACACCCGUGGAGGCCCUGACAGUGAACAAGUCCUACAUCUUCGCCAUCGCGGCCAAGAACUCGGUGGGUCAGUCGGACUUUGUGGAGACCAAGCCGGUAUCCACGAAACUGCAAUACGGUCCACCACCGACUCCGACGAAUGUGAAGGCCACAGUGAAUCCAGAGAAGGCACCGGGCAAAGAUCAAUUCGUUGAUCUGACCUGGGAGUUGCCUGGUGAUGAAAGUGCCACGCCCGCUGACGUGACCACCGAAUUCACCGUAGAGAUGAAGCCCAAAGACUCGACCCGUUGGGUUGAGGUAGCGAAGGAUUUGACAGAACCACACGUCACCCUUCCCACCGACAACAUGAAGGAGUUCACAGACUACGAGUUCCGAGUCACGGCGAAGAAUAAGGCGGGUGCAAGCAAGCCUUCGGAGCCGUCGAACGCUAUUCAACUCGUGUCGCCACAGGCGUGUGUCCAUACUAGCCAGUCGAUGAGUGCGGAUCACCCAGAUCUGCGUGGGGUUGAAGUUGGCAGCAGAGGGUGGGCAUUGGAGUGUUGCGAAGUGGAGAGUGUGGAGAGUGUGGAGGGUGUGGAGGGUUUGGAGGUUGUGGAGGGUGUGGAGGCUGACCGCGUAUUCUUUCUCUUCUUCCCUUGCAUUCCUCAUGUCGCGUCGUUUGGCGUGGUGAUAGGUGUUCCAUUGGAGUUUGUGCGUGAAUUGCCGAAGAUAGUGGUGAGCGAGGCGCCAAGUGCAGAGAAGCCAGUGGUGUUGGAGUGCGAGUUGUCGAGGAAGCCGCGGGAGCCAGCGAAGUGGUUGCACAAUGGCAAGCCGUUUGGUGUGAAGCCGAGGCAGCAGGGUGUGACGGUGGAGGAGGAGAAGCAGGCCACCAUUCACCGAAUCACCUUCACGCAGCUCACUGACGAGGAGCUUCUGGGCGAAUACACUCUGCAGGUGGAGAACAUUGCCUCCACUGGAGGAGUGGAAAUGAAGGAUGUGGGGGUGGGUUGGUUCAACCUUUUCAUUUGCACUGUCUGUGGUACCCUAAGCAGCGUUGUCAUUAUGCCAUGGAGGGCUUUGUUGAUUGCCGGCGUCGCUCUCGUCGGCGGUUUGUUGUCGUCGUCGAAGUCAGCAUGGUUUCGCAUUGAUUUGCCGCAUUGGGGCGAAGGAGGUGAAGGAGUGGACAACCCAGUAUGGGAGGUGGGUGAGAAAAUGGUGGCCACUGAAGAUGUCACUGAAAUGGGAGAUGUGAAUGCGGAGGAGGACGUUGUUCACUGCACCCAAGACGACAACUCUCCACCCUUGGUUAAUUGGUUGGUUGGUUGGUUGGUUGGNGCCCUGACAGUGAACAAGUCCUACAUCUUCGCCAUCGCGGCCAAGAACUCGGUGGGUCAGUCGGACUUUGUGGAGACCAAGCCGGUAUCCACGAAACUGCAAUACGGUCCACCACCGACUCCGACGAAUGUGAAGGCCACAGUGAAUCCAGAGAAGGCACCGGGCAAAGAUCAAUUCUUUGAGGAUACAAUUACUCUGAAAGCUGGCAGCUCAACUGUUAUCGAAAUUCCUUACAUGGCAAGUCCUAAACCCAAGGUGAAGUGGACUUGGAAGUCACCUGUUAAGGACAGUCAAGAGAUAACACCUAGAUUCACACCGGAUACAGAGGUACUCGGCCUGACUUCUCUUCCGAUUUCACGCGCCAAACGAGAAGAUUCGGGAGAUUAUACAGUCAGAAUCUCCAACGAACUCGGGGAUGUCACCGUCACAAUUCACGUCUUUGUUCUGGACAAACCUUCUCCACCUCAAAACUUUGAACCAAUAGAUAACACCGGUGAUACCGUUUCUCUCAAAUGGGAAGAACCCGAGUUCAUUGGUGUCGAGAUAGGUACAGUUCUGGAAUACAUUGUCGAAAUGCGUGAAACCUCCAUGCGCUCAACCAAGCUAGCGACUAAAACAACCGAACUCAAAACGACAGUCGAAGGAUUGCAAGUAGAUAAAUCCUACGUUUUCUCCGUUGCAGCAAAGAAUUCUGUGGGACAGUCAGAUUUCGUUGAAACUAAACCCAUUUCAACUAAACUUGCAUUUGGGGCUCCUGCUACACCCAAAAAUGUUCGUGCAUUGGUGACUCCUGAAAAGGGGCUUCCAGCAGAUCAAAUAAUCGAACUCUCGUGGGACCAACCUAUUACGGGUUCCGUCACACCUGAUUCGAAGCCAGAAUAUCUGAUUGAAAUGAAACAGGAAGGAACCGAUAAUUGGGUUGCAAUACCAAAUACAGUUCCAAUUAAGGACACAACAUUCGUCGUCCCACUUGAAAUGAUGGCUGAAGGAAAGAAUUAUCAGUUCCGUGUGGCUGCAAAGAAUAAGGCGGGCACAAGUCCAUUCUCUGAGCCCUCACCUCGGAUUCAAAAGCCUGUUGAUGUCGUCUUUACCAGAGAAUUGGUUGAUAUUAAUCUGACGGAACUUCCCAAAGAUGCUCUCUUUGAAUGUGAGGUUUCAAGGCCAGGAAUGACUCUCCAAUGGGCUAAAGAUGGUGUGGAAAUCAAACCAGACUACCGAAAUAUCUAUGAAAUCGUUGGUGAGGGACCCUCUGCUAACAUGGUUCAUCAGCUUAUAGUGUUAAACGUUGGUCCAGGUGAUCAGGGAGUCUAUACCGCUCAACUCAUUAAUGGAUUAACUAGCACUUCACAACUGUCAAUCAACAGCCCUCCAACGAUCAACUAUGAAGGAAAGAAGUUGAUAACUAUGGCAGCUGGCAAGAGCGCCAUCGUGGAGGUACCAUAUUCAGGAGCCCCAGCUCCAAAAGUCAAUUGGUCCUUCAAUGGAGGUGGCUUGCCUCUUGGAAUGGACGUCAACAAACCCAUGGCCUCUGCCCAAACAGUCUAUGGACUUACCUCCUUGCAACUUCGUCGCGUAGACCACACAGCUGAAGGACACUAUUUUGUUCAAAUCAGCAACGAACUCGGAAAAGCAGAACUCGAAAUUGAAGUUAAAGUAUUAGAUGUUCCACAACCAGUUGAAGACCUCAAAGCUGAAAUGGUUAAAGGCGAGCCGAAGACCGCAAAAGUUACGUGGAAGCCACCUAGUAAGGAUGGUGGAAUGCCGAUUUCAUGUUACGUGCUUGAGAAACGCGAGGGUACUAAAAAGACUUGGACACCAGUUGGCAAGCCCUCAAUCGAUACUAGUCGAGAUAUUCCUGAUCUUAAACCGGGACAAACCUACUUCUUCCGUGUAUUGGCACAGAAUGAUAACGGAUGGUCAGAACCCGCAGAAACUCAAACACCACUUCGUGUUGAAGCUGCAUCCAAGCCUCCAAGUACUCCAGACGCACCCAAGGUUGAUGAUGUUACAUCGACUUCUUGUAAGAUCACCAUCGAACCACCAUCUUCCGAUGGAGGCUCACCAAUAACCUACUAUCACUUGGAGAAGCGUUCCAAUCAAAGGGGUAACUGGGUCCGGGCAACAAAGGACAAAUUGCCAUCUUCGGAUUCAAGUAGAAGUUGCACUGUCUCAAUCACGGAUCUAAUCCCAGAUAACGCUUAUGAAUUCCGUGUAGCAGCAGAAAAUGCUGACGCUCUGACUAGCGAAUUCUCUCUACCCUGCCCUCGAAUCUUGACUAAUCCCCCAUUCACUGUCCCUAAUCGUCCAUCAAAGCCAGAAGUUGUGAUUGCAACUGAAAGUAGCGCUACUAUUAACUGGAAUCCACCGUAUGAUGAUGGCGGCGAUAAUAUUAAGCGCUAUGUCGUCCAAUACAAAACCACGGAUGGAACCCACUGGGCCACGUGCGAGGAGGAGCCAAUCGACUGUCAAAUGACCAUCGUGAAACUUAAACCUGACUCCGAAUACGAAUUUCGAGUGGCUGCCAUCAACUCGGCUGGUACCGGCGAGUUCUCGCUACCUUCAGAACCUUAUACUCCACAACAAGCAGUUGAAUCUGCUAAGCCAAUAGUAUCGCUUCCAUUGGAGAACAUUACUGUUCUUGUCAACACACCGAUUGAACUUGAAUGCAGUUUCAAAUUAGGUGAACCGAAGGCCACUGUUUCCUGGUUAAAAGACGAUAAACCAGCACGCAAAUUUACCACUAAUUCACCAACUGACCGCAACGCAAGUCUGAAGACGAAUAAAGCUCAACUGGAAGAUGCUGGUAUUUACACUUGCAAGGCUGAAAAUGCUGCUGGUAUAGCUACAACCACAUGUCGUGUUACUGUGACCCAGAAGCCAGUAGUCAAAUUGGAGCAUCCUCGUGGUGCAUCGGAAAAGGUUACCGGUCGCAUCAGCGAUGGAAAGUUGACAGGAUGUGCUCAGGGUAAAUUGGUAGUUGAAGCUGUCUGUGAGGCUGUUCCUGGAUGUGAGGAAUUGGUUUGGCUGCACGACGGACAGCCACUUGUAGAAACACCUCGUAGAUCGAUUGAACGCAGUCUUGGAGAUGUACAUCCUAAAGAAAGACCAACUAGUCCGGUUCGAACUCGAGAACGUCUAACAAUCAACGCGCUAGAACAGUCGGAUACUGGAGUUUAUCGAGUUGAAGCUAAGAACAGCGCUGGAAGAGCAGACGCUGCUGUGACCCUCGUUGUAACUGACAGACCUCAACCUCCAGCUUCAAUCAAUGUCACAAAGACACGAGAACCAGAUUCCUGCUUCAUUCAAUGGCAACGACCUGUCUCAGAUGGGGGUUCCAAACUCACACAGUACGUAGUUGAAAGCGUAGUUGUCGCUCCUGAUAAGGCGGAAUCUGUUCCCUCCUCUGAAUUAAGCUGGACUGUUAUUGGCAAAACCACUCCAUCUGAGCUGGAAUUCAAGGCUCGAAAUCUUAAACUUGAUGUUCUCUAUGCCUUCCGUGUGUCAGCCGAAAAUGAAGUCGGCCGUAGCGAACCUAUUGAAAUCGAUACCCCAAUAAUGCUUAAAAGCGAGAGUCAAACUCCCGGUGAGCCUCUUAACGUGUCUGCCACAAGAGAAGGACCUCGAGAAGCUACAGUUAAAUGGGAACCACCUUCGAAACUCGAUAAGCGAGACCUAAUUGGUUACGUUGUUGAAGCAAGAGAGGCCUUAGAUAUCAAGAGUAGCCCACCAAAUCGCUGGACUCGUGUUGGUCCUUCAGCCAUCAGGGAAGGUACUAAGCUUCAUCUCACCGAUAUCAACCCAAAUAUGGAUAUCCAGUUCCGCGUGAUUACCCGCACCAAUACUGGAAUGAGUGAACCGUCGGAACCAACCGAUUGGCUACCCAAGCCCCAAACUGAAUUGAUUAAAGAAAAGGUCUCACCAACUAGGGCAGAUGAAGUUGAUGGCGGAUCAAAAGAUGGUGUUGACGGCACUCCCACAGAAGAUCGUCGCCCAAAAGACAUUGUCGAGCAACUGCUUGAAUUCAAAGAAGCUAUCAAACCGAAACCUCCAACAACAAAAGAACCACCGGAAAUCAAAAUUACCACCGACAAGUUGUUUAAGUCUCGAGAAGGCACAAAUCUUCGGGUUCCACUACUUGUCAAGAGUCCUGUUCAAGCAACUGUCGAGCUAGAAAUGGAAAGUGGACGUCCUCUAAGUGGCGAAGCUUCUCUUCGAAGUGUUGUAGAGCAAUACGGAGACUCUUAUUAUGUCAAUCUUAAGAAUCUGGCUCUAAGUGACACUGGUCAUUACAGAGUUAAAGCAACGAAUGUGGCUGGAAGUUCUUAUGCAUCAUUUGAGCUCAUUGUUACCGCUCCGCCACAGACACCUAAAGGUCCGAUUGAAGUCAAAGAAAUCAAACCCGCCAAGGGUCUUUACGACGGAAGCACAGUAGAAGUGGCCUGGAAACCUCCUGUCUUACAAGAAGGAGAGAUACCUGAAACAGCCGUGACAGGUUACAUUGUUGAAAGAAAGGACGGAAGGAGAAAGGAUUUUGGUCGACCCACCAAGGUUAAGGGGCGUGAUAACUGUACUGCCAUUUUUGAAGAUCUUCAGCCUGGUGUGGAAUAUGCCUUUAAAGUAUCUGCAGUGAAUGGUGCUGGUGUAAGCGAACCUCUCUACUCCGGCCCAAUCACAGUUAAAAGCCCAUUCGACGUUCCUGGAAUCUGUGAGGGACCGUUGGAAUGCACUGAUAAGUCGAACACUUCACUAGUACUGAACUGGAAGCCACCAGAAAAUGAUGGAGGCCUUCCAAUCAAAAAAUACCACCUGGAAAGAAAUGAAGUCGGUUCGCCCGAUGGCUGGCAACCUUUGGCCACUGUAAUGGCACCUACAACAAGCUAUCCUGUAAGUGAUCUUCGUGAAAGUAUUGCAUACCGUUUCCGAGUGCGUGCCGUUAACGAUCAGGGUAACGGGGAAUGGUUGAGCACAGAGACUUCUGUUUCACUCAAUCGGCGUGUUGGACCGCCUUCGGAACCAGAGAAACCGCUCCGAGUUGCACCUGUUGAUGAUACUACCGCAAAAUUGUCAUGGAGACCACCAUUUGAUGACGGUGGGUCUCCAAUUUUAGAGUACAUUGUCGAGUCUACCCAUGGAAGCACUGGACAGUGGGAGGAGUUGGCUAUAACAAGAGAUACUGAGCUCAAAGCGACUGGACUGAUUCCUGAUGAAACAUAUGCAUUCCGGGUAUCUGCUCGUAAUGAGGCUAGUAAGACAGGGCAACCUCUCUACUCAGUUCCGUACACACCUAGCGCACCUCCUACAGCACCUGGCAAACCUUCAUUACCUUUUGUCGCGCAUCCACUUGAAGCAGGUCAAGUGGUUCUUGAUUGGGGACCGUCGCCUGUUGGCGGCGUAUCAGGAUAUGGACCUCCAUCAGAGUAUCGUGUAGAGCGUUGGGAAUCUGUGAAGGAUCGCUGGGUCUAUGUAGCAAGAAAGCCUGCUAAUGAGGGCACUACAGUUCUUGUAAGUGGAUUGAAACCUGGAGAAAGCUAUAAAUUCCGUGUUUUCGCCGAAAAUGCUGCUGGUACAAGUGAGCCCCUGGAAAUGGACAAACCCGUUCUUGCAGUCAGCCCAUACAGUCCGCCUUCUGCACCCGGUGGACCAAUGCAUAUCUCAGAAGUUCAGAAGGGUGAAUCGGCUACAGAUGGAUCCGCUCGACUCUCCUGGAAAGAGCCGAUUGAUGAUGGGGGGUUGCCACUGACAAGUUACAUAGUUCAGAUGCGCUACGCCAACACAACAGCAUGGCACAAAGUUGCUCAUCUUCAAGAACCCUCAGCCGGCGACGAUGUGGAUGUUAUUCUUCCUACUUCAACCCCAGUUACUAGUCUCAAACGUUCAACUGGCUACUACUUCCGUGUCGCAGCUACAAAUCGUGCUGGCACUGGACCUUUCUUGGAAUCUGAACUCUUUGAAAUGCCGGAAGACGAAAGUUGCCGUCCAAAAGCUGAAUGGAUUCGAGUUGUAGGAAAAGGAGCCGAUAGUGUAACAGUUGAAUGGCUUAUACCUCAUGACUGCAGAAAGGAUCAUGGACCAAAAGUGCCGCAUCACCUUGCUUUAGAUGGAUUUAGGGUAUACGUAAAAGAUGCAGGUAUUCCUAAUGCGGAGUGGAAACCAGUUACCGACCUUGAUCACUAUAUGAAUCGCUUGGUUGUUGGUGGACUAAGUCCUGACAAGAGUUACUACUUUGGGGUUGCUGCUCUCAAUCAAAUGGGUCCGGGAGAAAUCGUCUCUACUGCAGAACCAGUUUCUCCAGAAGCUGUUACGACUGUUCCUGGCCAGCCUGUUGGUCCACUAGUUGUGUCUGACGUUACUCAGGACAGUUGCAUUCUAAAUUGGAAAGCCCCAUAUAGUGAUGGAGGAACUCCAAUAACUGGAUACACUAUUUUCAAACGUGAAAUGUUCAGAAGAAGCAAGCAAGAAGUCGGAAGUGUUCCUGUCGCACCAGGAAGUUCUCAACGUGCCUUUGAGUUCAAGGUUCCAUACUUGAUGGAAGGCACCUCCUAUGAGUUCCAAGUUGUUGCUGAGAAUAAGAACGGAUUCUCUGAACCUCUUGUUACAACAGCUGAUGUUCAUCCUCGCAAGAUGACAGAACCACCUGGAGCACCAAGAGGACCACUUUAUGUCAGAGAUCACGAUAUUGGCCAAGUUGAGUUGGCUUGGACACCCCCAGUAAACACUGGUGGAUUGCCAAUCAAGGGAUAUAAACUGGAAAUGCGUGAAGGAAGAAGCUUCACUUGGAGAACUUAUCCAAAUGAUGAGAGUAUCGUCGCAGAUAGACCUUCGGAGCUAGCCAAUCCCACAACCAUCGUCUCUGGCAUAAAGCCAAACAAGGAGUACUUCUUCCGAGUUUCCGCUAUUAACACUGAUGGCGUUGGACAGCCACUCACUGCCACUGACAGCUAUGUGAAGAGAGUACGUCUUGAACCGCCGAAACGAGUUGCAGCUAAACUGGCACCAUCGACAGAAGCAGGCCCAUCUAAAAUAGAAGUGACGUGGAUAUCACCUGAUAUUCCUAACUUGAAUGGAUUCAGCGUUGAAAUGAUGGAUAAUGAUGAUAUCAGGCAUGAAUGGAUACCGAUGGACUUCAUUCCAAAAAUGCCUAAUGAACGUGGAGGUACUGCCUACACUUAUAGGACUACAGCUCCGCGACCAAAGUCUGUCUAUAAGUUCAGAGUUAAUGCUGUGUACCCCGAAGGCAAAAGCGAUUGGGUUCAAAGUGAUUUUGUUCUUGCGUCUGAGCCAACUAAAGAGACUCGUUUGCCACCUCCCAUUACUGAAGCUAAAUUUGUUCCAUCUGCAGCUACUCCCGGUGGAAGGAUACCUGCAACACUUCGUUGGGAAUCUCCUGAUAGUGGAGAUGUGGAAUCAAUUCGUGGUUAUGCCGUUGAGAGUUGGGAUAUCAAACGCAAGACCUGGAGACCUGUGGCACAUGUACCUAAGGAAGCUCCACGUGAAUUGACUUUUGAACUUCCUCCAUCGCGCCCGACACCAUUAAUGCGAAUUACUACGAUGGGAGACACUACUAAAUCAGUGCCGUUUGAAGUCCCACUUGAGCGAGCAAAACGAAUUGAGAGAACUGGAGAAAUUCCAAGUGAUUGGAAACCACUUCCAUCAAUGACAGGGCCAAUUAUACCCGAGUAUGAACCAGAUGAAGAACUGGCAUUGGCGAGAACUGGGGCUGCAACCCCCAUGGUAUCAGAAUUUAUUCUGCAGAGACGACAAGCCGCUCUUGACAUGAUACGCCGAACAACCGCUACGCCAAAAUCGGCUGGAAUUGAAAGAGAACCACUUGAAAGAUUUUUCGCCGAAACUCCCUUGAUGGAACCUCUUGAUUUGCGUCCUGCUGCAACAACACCAUAUCCUUUGGAACGCUUGUUAGUGACUAAUCUUGGAAAGACUACGGCUACCGUCGAAUGGCCAGAAAUUGGAGACCAGAGCGGUUUCACUAUCGAACGCUGGCGCCCAACCAGUGGCAGAUGGACACGAUUAGCUGAAGUACCACCUACUGAAACAAGAUAUAUUGUGCCUCUCUCCGAUAUCCCACAGACCCCUCGACCUGGUGAGGAAGCUCCUAACAACCUUUGGGUUCGUGUUGUUCCAAGAGAUGCACAAGGUAGGCCAUCUGCUCCUGCAUUCCAACUGGAGGAACCAAUUUCUCUUCCAGGUGGAGAGUUUGUUCCAUCUUCCGUUUGGGGUGUUGAUAUGACACCUGUAGGUGGAGCGUUGACACCUGGACGACCAAUCGAUGUAUCAUGGCGCCCACCAAGCUUUACAGGUGGUCUUCCAUUAACACAUUACAAACUUGUGUUAAUAAAUGCUGAUACUGAUGAGCAGAAAGUGUUUACUGUCGGUCCGAAAACAACUACGCAUAGGCUUGAAGGCCUAAAUCCACAGCAUGAAUACAGAAUCUCAAUCACCGCUGUGAAUCGUAUGGGGGAGUCACUACCUGUUACAUCCACCUUACCAAAGCCGCCUUCCUUGGAAGAUCAGUUGAGGCGACCGCCUGCACCAACUGGCAUUGAGUUUUUGCCUGUUAUGGGCAGCUCUCGUGAAAGCAAAUCUGGUGUUUUAUCAUGGCGACCAGGUUCAAGAGCUGGUGCCUAUCCAACUGAGUCAUAUGUCAUUGAAAAGUGGGAUUCCCGCAGCAAGCAAUGGGUUCCAUUCAAAAAGGUUGGAAAAGACGUGACCGAAAUCACUAUCCCACAUUUGUUGGAUGAUGUAGUCUACACUUUCCGAGUACGUGCGCAAAAUGAAGCUGGAUUAAGUGAACCCGGUGUUGCGAAGGAGUACUUCAGUCCUGGUAAACCUCCAGAAGAGCUCUUGUUCCCCAGUGAAAAGGCACCUCCUGCACCUCCAAGAGGCCCUCUUGUAUACCAACCAUUAACUUCACAACAACGACUCGACCUUGCAACUGAACAAGCUAUUAAGAUGAUGGAAUUCCAUUGGGAAGAACCUCUAAUUUCUGAUCGAUUCACAACACCAAGAUCCUAUGUCCUGGAGGCUAGAAGAGUCGGACAACAAACGUGGUCAAUGGUGGGAAGAAGGCCAAUCCCAGAAGGUAGCCGUCUGAAGGUGUCAUUUGGAAUUAUGCCUCUACCAACCACUCCUCUUCCAGAUAUUGAUUUAAGCCUUCCAUUACGCCAACUGAGACCCUUGACUGUACCCAAACUGCCUUGGCUACCUGGAGAGCCGAAAGACUAUGAAUAUCGCUUACUGUCCGAAAAUGAGUAUGGAGUGAGUGAACCAAUCUAUAUGAGACCGCCCACUUACACGCCAGUUGUUCGACCAUAUUCUCCCAACAAACCGACUGUGAGUGAAAUGGUUACCUAUGCUCCACUUGAGCCUCCUCGUGGUCCGAUUUCAGUUUCCAUAGUUAAACCUAGACCAUUGAGUCGCAGAAGUCUACUGACUCCCGACUUGCAGUUUGAGCCAAGAACCGCUCCUGAUGUCCAGAUUUCUUGGAGACCCCCACUAGCAACACAAAACUUGCGUGGAUACGAGAUCUCAUACCGUGAACCAUUCCGCAGUACGUGGACGAAUCUAGGUACAGUUGAUGCUACAGACACAAGCUUCAGAAUUCCGAGAACAAUGCUCAGAGAACUGCCAGAGACGCUCCAUCUUGGUAUUUUCGCUGUUGGUGAUAGUCACACACGAACUAGGCCUUAUUUGUCUUCAAGGCUUGAAGAUACUAUCUUGCUUCCCAAACCUAAAGAAGAAGAUUUCUUGUCACGAAGGGAACUCACUACACCAAUCACACCCGCUUAUGUCAGUGCUAGGGUCGUUGAUGGACCAUUUUCACGUACAGCUCUGGGUGUAUCACCAAGCGAUGAAAUUGAAAUCUCUUGGUCGUUUCCAGAAACAAAACGCAUGCCUGCACGUCCUGAAGGCUAUAUCGUCUUCUACCGAGAACUUGGCAGCCAGCAAUGGCAAGAGAUUGAUCGCUUCCCUGGGGGCCGACCAAAGGAUACUGUUGCCCUUCGUGAGCUCCCCCGAGAUACUACCAUGUUUCUUGGUGUCGCUCCUCUUCUUUCUGGACACAUAGGUCCAAUUGUAAGCACUCCUGAUACCGUUCGACUUCCAGGUCGUGAACCUAUGGAUAGACUUAAACCUCUAUUUGAACGUAAACCGCUUGAAAUUAAACCAAUUUCUGCAGGCGGAAUUGAAGUUACUUGGACUUCUCCAUCUAAAAUUGAUGAGCUACUUGCACUUAGUCCUGGAACAGCACCCAAAUACGAACUGCAAGUUCGACGUCCUGGAGACAGUCUAUGGCGAUCAAUUAACAGAACAGCACCUCUGGAUAUCUCAAGUAGACCUUCACUUGGAGAGAGACAAGUUGUAUUCAAUCUGCAUGACCUUCAUCCAGGUGAUAAGCUUGAACUCCGUCUGCUUGCCUAUUCAGAUCUUGGCAAAAAGCCUAUUCAAGUCACACCAGAUCAAACGUACAAGUUCAUUUCACCAUACGAUAUACCUGCGGCACCCAGAGGCCCCCUAGUUGCCGAACGUAAAGCAAUGUUGCCUUCAAGACUUCCUGCCUUGUCCCCUCUAAGAAAACCCGCCGGUGACUUUGAUGAGCUUCUCUAUCGACUUUCGACCUUCCCUGAUGUUCCACUGACACCUAAACCCAGUGAGGGUCGUGAAACACCUGUCGAUACCUUGCGUUUGAGUUGGCGUCCUCCAGAAGAUACAGGUGGAUUACCCAUCACCCACUACCUGAUUGAACAACGUCCAUACGAUCACCAUGGUCAACCAGCCUCAUGGCUGCCUGUUAUGACAGUUCCUGCUGAUCAGACAUCAGCACAACUUCUUCCUGACUUACGAAGAUAUGAUACCGAACCGUCAUUCUAUCGAGUACGUGCAGUUAAUGCUAUGGGACCUGGGCUGCCUUUGGAGACCUUUGAACCAGUAACUAUGCCUACUCGUGGUAGAGUACCAUUGGCUGAGAAGGAACCAAUACAACGAUUACCAGAAGCUCCAAUGGGUCCUUUGAGAGCAAAUAUCCUUCCAGAUUCCAUGGUUAGCCUACGUUGGGAGGCACCUAAGCGAUAUACACCACGUCAUAUGGAAAUAAAUUCAACUCCAAUUUACCCACAGAAAUACAUCAUUGAAGCGACAUUAGCAGAUGAUUCAACUGCUCCAUGGAUUGAAGUUGGAAAUGUUCCUGGUUCCACGACAACCGCAAUGGUUCGUAUGCCCGACGUUAGUCUUUUCCGACCCGGUAGCGCUACAGAAACUCCAGUUCCUCGACCCUUGUUGUAUCGAGUUAGAGCAGAAAACAAGUAUGGCUAUAGUGCUCCUUUGACAGCAAGAGUUAGACCUGACUACAAAAUUAGUGCACUACCAUCAAAGCUUCUCCAAUUGCCCGAUGUUCCUGUUCAAGCGAGAAUUCUGGAAUCGCGAGAAGAUUAUGAGAUUGGUGUACCGCCUUCACUUGAACUUAAAUGGGCUCCAUUUGUGCCCCCAACAGCAACACCAGGAUCAAUAUCUGAUCGUUACCUUCCAGUUGACUACAGUUACAAUGUGGAAUAUCGUCCAGUUGGUGAUUUAGGUUGGAGACAUCUGGCCACUUUGCCCCUUGGGCAUGAACGCUACACCUUCUAUCCACCGGCACCGACAUUUGGAGAUCUCGAGCAUCCAAAGUCUGAGGCUUAUCAGUUUCGAGUUGGUGUUCGGGGACCAGGUGUAAUGGGUGAUUAUAGGGAUUCGAACAUUGUCUCCUGGAACUACCGUGUACGAACCCCUUAUUCGUUGCCUCUCACAAGUCUUAAACCGAUUUCAGUUUCUCGUGCUCCAAUAGAUGUGCAGUUUGUGCGUGCAAGAAUCGACACUCCAAGAGAACCAUAUGUGAAACCGACGGGAAGCAUUGCUUUGAGAUGGAAUUUGCCUACAUUUAAGGGUGCUUCACCACCCGAAGGCUAUGUUGUAGAGCGAUGGCUUCCUGAUAUAAAUACAUGGCGUACAGUGAGCCAUAAACUGGAGGACCGUGGUCAUGGAGUCUACGAAGCAACUUUGCAUGCUCUACCCGUAGACGAACCCCACUUCAUCCGAGUUUCCACUCUUGAUGGUAUGCGUCCAAGCGAACCUGCUACUCUGCCUUAUCCAAUCUGGAUUCCAACCCCUCAGGUUGCUGCCAAACCAGUGGCUCCAGAGCCUCCAAGACAUCUCGAAGUUACACCCAUCUUGAGAGAUCGUCCAGGGUUCUUACUGGCUUGGACACCGCCUGAUAUUCCAUUCAUUCGACGAGCUACCGAUAUUCCAAUUAUGCACACCGGCUAUGUGGUUGAAUAUCGACUUAAAGGUGGUGAUUGGAAGUUACUAGCAGAUCUACCAUCAUGGCAGACAUCACUGGAGACCACUAAAUUUGAACCUGGAAAAUCAUAUGACUUCAGGAUCAUGUCCAAAGGACCUUCUGAACCAUCAUCAUCAACGCCAACAACAUAUCGACGAACGCUACCCUAUACAGAAAUAGCGCAUACAAUCAGGAGCCAACCACUAGUCUCUGGUCCACACAUACUUCCAAAAGAGACAAUGCCACCACCAAGUCUUAGCGGUUUACUGGAUGUCUCUCCAGCUCGCGAAGGUGUACAACUCUCUUGGGAACCACCGCCAAAGCCUCCAUCAGGCUACGUAAUUGAAUUAAGUUGUCUCGACGACAGACGUCAUCUCUGGCGAGAAAUUUCCAGAAUUCCAUCACUUGACCGUGGAGUACCAAUAUCUAGCUUCUUGAUUCGUCAUUUGGAUGCGGAUAAGUCGUACAGAUUCCGUGUUAUCCCAUACAGAGAUGAUGUCUAUGGUCAACCCGUUGAAAGCCUGCGUCCAUUCCGUCUUCAAUCGGCUGAUGAAUAUGGUUUCUAUACUUCUCAACGACCUAUUGCUGUUCCACCACCUCGUGAACCCGUAACGAUUGAAGAGCUUCCAUCUGGCCAGUUCCGACUUGGUUGGCGUCCUCCUGCACUCGAUUUCAAGACACCGUUGCCAGGUCCGAUUUCUUACGUUGUUGAGCAGCGUAUUCCUGGUCGACGUCAGUGGAUCGAAAUCGGUCGAACACCAAACCUCAGCUACACUCUAGAUGUGGACACUACUUCACAAUUUCGCAUCAAGACUCUUGUUAGCGAACCAUCAAGCAUUCUUCGGGGAACUGAAUACCUUAUUGAGAGUGACGAUGGACCACAGUCUGACUGGAUUCGGUUUGAAGAUCAGAUUAUUGAACCUACACGAACAGAGAUCUUGGAACGUACAGUCAGAUCUACACUGCCAACUCCAGCUGAGGUUCCCAUUCCAAAACGGCUGUACACGAGUCACAUUGGGCCAUCUUCUGUAUUGCUUGAAUGGGAGUAUCCGAAAUUGCCAGAUCAUCCAACCGGUUAUCUGUAUAUCGAACAGCGUCUAAUUCCAGACUCUAUGAAGGAAAUUGUGCAACCAUUAUGGGAACCCAUUGCUCGAAUUCCAAUCUCCAGACACAAGACCAGUUAUGAAGUGACGGAUCUCUUGCCUGGACGCUCAUACCUAUUCCGUCUUAUUGAUAAGUAUGGCGGAAUCGGAUCGUCACUAAUUCAACGUGAAGUAACCCUUCUUAAACCCAUAAGAACCCCUGGAGGGGAACUGAGAGGCUCCAGUCUUCCUAAAGGCAUGGAGUAUCUUAUGAUGCCAAGAAGCUUUUCAACAACAUUCAUUUCAUCACCACUAGGUGGACUGCGAUUCACCUGGCUUCCACCAGAAAGUCUAGAGAGUUAUACUGGCAAAAUCCGCUACAGAAUCGAAGGCCGUUCCAUGUACGACAAAACCGAUGCCUGGAGAUUAGUGGAAAAGGAUAUUAAAGGAACUGAGUACACCCUGGUUUCCACUGACUUGGAAAAAUUCCUCGGUCAUCAGCGUUCGCUUGAAGAUAGUAGAAGAGGUUCAUCGACAGACUGGCACUUCCGAAUCAUUGCCACCGCUGAUGGAGUCGAUAGUCAUCCGAAGUUGCUGUCAACUCCUGUCUCCAUUACAACUGAGCAAGAACGCAAGCCUUUGCGCUUUGUGAAACUUAAUGCUAAUCGUGACCUCAAAUGUGUUCUGGGACAGACUUUAGUCAUUAAUAUUGAAGUUGAGGGCUCACCUCAGCCGACUGUGUCUUGGUAUUUGAACGGAAUUGUCAUUUAUCCACAAAUCGACUCAAAUUACAUGAUGAUUUCCAAAGCACCGGGGGUCUAUGAGCUUCGUAUUAAUAGUAUCGACUAUAUACACGAUGGUGCCAUUACUUGCAAGAUUCAAAAUCUCUACGAAGAAAUUGAGGAAUCUUGGAAAAUCCACAUUGAUGCUCCUGUACGAUUCAGCCGAACUGUCUUCCUCACGGGACAGAGUGACCAUCGAGUGAUUAGUGGAGGAAAUUGGAACGUACGACUGCCACUCGACGUGCCUUAUCACGUCACUGACAGAUCAAGAUGGGUUCAUCGCGCUUGGAUUGAAUGUAUUUGGAAGCCAAAACGCACCUCAACUGAUUUCACUCUCCCAGCAGAACGACGUGCAAAUGUCAAGAUCUCAGAUUGUGGUCGAUGGUUGACCCUUGAUAUCUCAGAUGUUCGCCUGCAAGAUGAAGGACUCUAUCGCAUCUGGAUUGAGAAUGAAGCCGGUCGAGAUUACUUUGACCUUCGACUUUAUGUUGAUGACAAACCAAGAGCCAAACUCGCUCCACCGUCAAUAUAUCCUCAUGGUCCGGGUCGAUUCCUCCUAAUAUGGCAACCGCCAUCUUCGGAUGAUGCAAUCACCAGUACUGGAUACAGAAUCGAGUACAUUUCUGACAAAGAAGUUGAAAUUGAAGAGAAUUGGCGUCUACUUGGUACCACUACAAUCAAUCAGAAUGAAGUUGUAAUCGGCUCUCAACUCAAGCCUGGUGAAAGGUAUCGGUUUAGAGUUCGUCUACAGAACAUGUUAGGGCUCGGUCCUUCUAGUGAACCGUCAAGAUUCAUAAGUGUUGACACAUCGGAAGAGGAAUUUGAGAAACCAACGGUAUCCCGACGUCUUUCUUCACAAGAACUUCCUAUUCGGUUCAGUAGCAGAAAAUUCGAGGAAAAGUAUGAGGUGAUUGAAGAAUUAGCCAAGAGUAAGCAUGCUUUCCUCUAUCGCAUAAAAGACCGCGAGACUGGAGCGUAUAGGAUUGCCAAGAUUGUAGAUUUGGGCGAUCUCUCUCAUAUUCCUACCAGCAGAUCGUAUACUUCUUUGACGGAUUUCCGCGCCUCUGUCUAUACACCUACAACGCGCAUUCGUCGUGAAGCUGAAGAAGAUCGCCGUCUUCGGGCUGAAAGAGAGCUCAAACUUCUCGCCUCGACGCACCAUCAGAACUUGGCUGAACUAAGAGAUGUCUUUGUUGAUGCUCAACGCUUGAUUUGGGUUAUUGAUGAUAUGCUUCCAGAGACUCUAUGGGAUCAAAUAAGAAAUCGCAUUACUAUAACGGAGUCAAGGGCCGCUGUGAUUAUGCAGCAAAUCCUCAGUCUAUUGGAGAGUAUGCAUUCUCGCAACAUUGCCUUCUUGGGCGGUGUUGAUGCCUCCGAUAUCUUCUUCGCCGAUAAAAUGCGUAGAAAAAUCGUGUUGGGUGGAGUACCACAAUACUAUAAACUGACAGAGGACAAGCCAGUCAGACUGACUUUCAGAUCAACCAUCUACUUCCCUCCUGAACUCUACUCUUCUAAGACACGAACCUCUAGUGCUAAUCAAAACGCAGAGAUUUCAAGGGCUACUGAUGUCUGGUCAGUGGGUGUUCUGCUCUACCAAAUGCUAACUGGCGAUACCGAGCACCGUCCAAGCAUUGAAGCCCUAGAGAAAUUAAAUCUCUCUCCAGAGGUGUUGGACUUUGCACGCAAGAUUCUUAAUCCUGAUCCUACUCUUCGUCCAUCCGUCACAGAAGCUCUACGUCACCCGUGGAUAUCCACGGAAAGGAAAACCGUCAAUGAAAUUGUCUCACAGAGUGUACAACGCCUUCAAGAUGCUACCAACAACGCAUACAAAUACCUCCUUCGCAAAAUUGAUUGGAAUGAAAAGAUGGAGUCAGGUGAGACCGAAUUUGUCGAUGAAAUGGAGCAUGAAAUUCGCAAGAGACGAAGAAUUAUUGAAUACCGUAAGCGUCGUCGCAUGAGUUGGGAUGAAUACGAUGACCAACGUGAUUACCAUGACGACAGCAUUUCAAUGAAUGUCUUCCUCCGUGGACGUGGUCGUGCUCCAAAAAUUACUGUGCCAAUGGUCAAUUCCGAAGCCCAUGAGGGCGGUGAAGCCACUCUGAAGUGUGUGUUGACACCACCUCAUGUUGGAGAUCUUCUAGACCUCAAUGAUGUCAGUGUUGAGUGGUCAGUGAAUGGCAAGGUCAUUGACUUUGAACAUUCAACUCGACGCAUGUCUGAUAAGUAUUCUGCUAUAUUCGAUCGUAUCACUGGCGAAGCUAAGCUUACUGUUCGGAAUUUGAGCGUCUUUGAUGCUGGCACGUACGUGGCUACAUUCCGUGGACGAUUCGGUAUUAUAUCCGAAUCAGCUAACCUUAAGAUUCACCGUGGGGCAGUGCCGCAUUUGACACCGAAAGAAAGGACAGCAGCUAUGAUGGGCGAAAUCGGAGCUAAGAUCAUCCGACCUAUCGUUGAUCAUACUGUGGUUGCUGGGGAAACCCUUAAGUUCAGAAUCCGAGUUGGCGGAAUUCCUAAGCCUAAAUGCACGUGGAAACGAAACGGAGUUCCUCUGGAUACUGAUCCCAACUGUCGUAUUCAAGAAGAAUUGGUAUCUUCAGCACUCGGGUAUACAAAUGAAGUUACAUACACGAUGGAGAUUCGCCAUACAAAACCUUCAGAUGCCGGUACCUACACAGUUAGUGUAUUCAACAAAAAUGGUUCUGAUACCUGUUCUGCUGUAGUCAACGUUCUGCCUGAACGCAAGACCGGUUCAUCAAUGCCAAAAUUUGUUACUGGUCUCUCGAACGCUUCUGCAUUUGUGGAUGAUAUCAUUACUCUUGAAGCAGAAGUGGAAGGAAUCCCAGAUCCACAAAUUCGAUGGUUCAAGGAUGGUCGAAUGUUGGUUGUUGGUGGCCGCUUCAGCACCGUUGUCACUGAGACUAAUAGCAUGAACCGCCUUACAUGCCGUCUUACCAUCACGAACUGUCAAUAUGAAGACAGUGGUGCCUACGUUUGUGCUGCAACCAGUUUAUCUGGAACAGCAAUUUCUGAAUCAACUGUAAUCGUGAGAGGCGGGUCCAUAACUUCAAUUCCACGACGCAAUUUCGAAGGUCGAAUGUCUGUGGCACGAAGCCGUCCACCGGAAUUUACUCAACGCCUAAAGUCCCGUGUGGUCUCCCUUGGUGAUUCUGUGCGUCUCUCGGCUUCUAUCAUGGCCACCCCACCAGCAAACAUUGUCUGGGAAAAGGAUGAUAUUCCAAUCAAUACAGACUCAACUCUAUCACCAUAUCAGAUUAAGAACUUGAACGGAAACGUUGAACUUCGCAUUGAAAAGUGCACAACUUCUGAACUUGGCAAGUACACGGUUAUUGCCUACAAUAGUGCAGGUGAAGCACGUUCUUCGUGCCAUUUGGAGAAGGCACGAGAUGAUGCUUUCCGAGUGCCAAUUUUCACAAGACAACUCGUAGAUCGCUACCUCAUAUCAGGACAAAAAGCCAUAUUUGAAGUCAUUGCUGAGGGCUUUCCAAGCCCCGAGUUCAAGUGGGAGAAGGAUGGUCUAGAUAUACGACCAGAAUCGCAUCCUUGUUACAUCUUCUCGACUUCUGCAACGACAGGUCGUGCAACAUUAACAAUUCCGACUGUCGAAAAACGCGAUGCUGGUUUAUAUUCCUGCGUGGCACAUAACUCAGUCGGGCGUGAUCGAUGUGCCUGUCUGAUCUACGUGGAUGGUAGUGGUGUUCAAGAGAGGAAAACAAAUUCAUCUGUUAAUGAAUCAACUCUAGAUAGAAAUAAACUUCCCCCACAUCCACCGAAACCACAUACCACGGAGCCAUCUGGUAAGAUCGAGGUCGUCACAGACCUCCCCAAAGUCAUUGAGAUCUUUGAAGGCGAAGAACUACGACUAUUCUGCGUUGUCAAAUCAGAUAUUCAUCUAAUUCCCACUUGGACAAAGGCCGGUCGAACAUUGGCCUUCGAUGGUCGUCGACGCAUCACUCGCAAUCUGAGCGGUGAAAUGUGUCUUACAAUUGACCAAGCAAUGUCGACAGAUGCUGGCAGAUACACUCUUACUAUUACCCCUUCAGAUGCAACUCUUGCCGAGACGAUGGAACCGAUUGUUCUCAAUGCGCGUGUUGACAUCAACCCUAAAAUCCGAUCUCGCAUCAGGACAAGCGAACAACGAGAAUCUGAACACAGUGUGCGUUCAACUCGUUCAUGGUCUCGAAGAGAAGGUAGCUACACCUAUAGUAGAACAUCAAGAGAAAGAUCGUACCUUCGUUAG